GCUCAUCACGUUGGCAGUUGAUGGGCUGGAAGCGCCAAAAGUUGAAUAUUGAAGCGGAGCGGCCGGUUGGAGCGGGGACAAAUUCAGCAAAGAACAACCUGGGGAUUACAGGCGAUGUGGUGCCUGAAGACUGGAGGAGAGUUAACAUUGUACCAUUGAACGGAGAAGGGGCUACACUGAGUAACUGCAGCCCAAAUGGAGGAGAACAGGCUUUCGUAUCCCAUUUGCAAAUUGGAUUAUAUUGUGAAUUUUUGUCGCAAGCACAUUUUAGGUGGAUCAGAAGCUAACAACUUCACAAAAGCUGACUUAUCAAAGCCGGAUGCUGUACAGCGAUUGUACAUGAAAUGUCUACAAAUGGUCUUUGAUGCACGACCAGAUUGCUUUUACAUGAUGCCUGGGGAUGAAAAUACGCCAUAUCCUCAUCUUUCUGAAGGUUUUAUUCCAAUUAUGAACCUGUAUGUUUGCAUGCAUAAUUUAAAAUCGCUUUGCUCAAUUCCAUAUUUUGAGAUGAGUGACCUCUUGAACCCCAAAAUGAAAAGUACCAUUGUUAUCUUGAGUGGCAUCAUCAACUUUCUUCAGUUCAGAAAAGGAACCCUGGAGACCUACCUGAACCAGCAGAAAAGUUUUAAAUUGAAUCUGGAGAUGAUGCAGCAGAUGGUGUCAUCAAAUGAAGAAAUGAAAUACAAAAUUGAAAGUCUUAAUACCAUACCACCUGAUCAAAAGGCAAAGAUUGACGUGCUGUCUGCAGACAUUACAGAAUUGCAGCAAGUCAUAAAUCGUGAAUAUCGUCUCAAACAGAAUUCCAUUCAAGAUGCAACCGCGCAAUUAAAGGCUGAAAUUGCAGAACGAAACAAAAUGCUGGGCCAGAUAAAAGUGGACAUGGCCAAUGCAAAAGAAAUCCAAGCACAUCUCAAGCCUCUGAUUGUGGAAUGUCCAGAGCAACUGAACAGUGAAAUACAAACAAUGAGGGAGACCGUAGAAAAGAAGAAGGAAGCCAUGCAAAAGAAAAACGAUAGAACAAUGGAACUUCAGGACAAGUUGGCAAGUUUUACCAAUUUCCAAAACAAAGAACUAGAAACUUACUGCAAUUUAUUGCAACAAUCCCAGGCUGGUUCUGACCUUAUAAGCAACACGAACACUGAGAUUUGGAAUGAAGAAAAUGAACUAGAGAGAAAACAAAUGGAACUGAAAAAUAUGCAGACAGAAGAAACUCGGUUGAAAAGGAUCCUGGGCUCAAAGCUUGAAAAACAGGAUAAGCUACAGAUGCAGAGGCAUAAGAAACAGGAAGCUAGGGAGCAUAAUCUUGAUUCAGUAGCCACUGAAUUUGAUCAGUUUAAGCAGCGAAGCCAGGAGAUAUCUGAACAGAUUGCGCAAAUAAACAGUGAACGUCAGCAAUAUCUGACAAAAAGCCAGGCAUUGCAAGAGAGCUGUGUUAAAGAUGAAUCGGAAUGUCAGAAUCUGUAUUCCAAGUUGUUGGCUCAUCUGGAACAAUAUCAUGAACGUUUAGCUGUAGUGACACAGAAGGCCACAUAUGAAGGACACAGGCAAAUGGCAGAACUAGAGAGAGCUAUGAAUGAAAGAAUUUGAAGCGCUGCCCGCAUUCACUUCAAAUCCUAAUCUGUUUAACUCUCCUGUCUCUUUAGCUUAUCCUUAACAAGCGACAAUUAUUCUUCAGCAGGUGAUUCAAAUUGUUUUGAGUUGAAGCCAGCAUAUCUGUCGCCGUUUGAACUAUUUUAUAAAUAGCUUUCUUAAAAGUGCACUAUCUGAGGAAAGCAUAAUUUCCUGCAGUGAAAAAGUAAAUUUAGAUUUUCAUGUCUUUCUAUGUGUUUCAUAAUGUGUGACCUUUUGCUGAUUUAUAACUGUGGAAUAAAGGUAAUAAAUAACCCACAUUGAA